AUGGAGUUUGAAAUGAAUCAAUUCCAUAAUGGUGAUAGUAAUAGUUUAAAGAAAAACAAGUUAAUAAUCAAAAGAAGAGGACCUUGUGGUGAUAAGGAUAUGCUCCGAAUCUUUUCAGGUUUUGAACAGGCCUUUCCAGAAGACCCAUCAUUCCGACAAAUAAUCAGUGCCCGAGAAUACGAAGACAUCAUCACUGAAAUCAAUACCAAGAUGAUGAGAAAACUAGAAUGUCGUGGUCUUAGAAUAGCUUGGAAUAUGGGAGCUUUCCUCUUUGUAUUUGUUGUUGGAAUGAUUCCAAUGAUUACUAGUAGUAUAAUUUUUGUAGUUAAACAAAAAAAGUUUUGGUCAAAGUUGUAUGUAGAUUUAAAUUAUCUAUUAUCAGAAAUUAAUGCAAGAGAGAAUAUAAAAUCAAGAGGAAUCGUAUUUAGUACAAACAAGAAAAAGAAAUUUAUUGAAAGAAAUGACAUUGCACAAGAAUUAAAAAUUAGAUUCUCUCCAUCCCUAUCUCCUUUUUAA